AUUUCCACCAUGGCCAUGCCGCCGUCGAACCCGGUUCAGACCUCGAUACUCACCGCACUCCGCCAUAACAGUUAUCGCAUUUUGCCACGUAGGAUUCCACGUGGCGUUUCCCUCCCAGCUCAUCGCAGUUUUGUCUAACUUCCCUUUAAAUACUCUUCUGCUUUCUCCUCCCUUCUUUAUCCUCUCUCUCGCCGUCUCCUGCACGAAACCUAUAACUUCACGCAACCACACACAUACUUUCCCCUAACCUAACCUCCUCUCCGGUGACACAUUAGUCUGAAAAUUCAACCGCCGUAGAAAUGCGGAGGCUCCGGCGGUCGCUGGUGAUCUUGGGAUUCAAUUGACAUUGCGGAGAAUCGAUAAAGCUGGUUUCGCAGAGCUGCAGAGGGUUCAUUACUCUUUACACAGUUCUGAGUUCUGAUUCCGACUGAAAAUUAAGCUCAGGAAUCGGAAAUGGAAAAGACGAACAAGUGAGAGAGCGUGAGAUUCGUGAUGCCUUUUCCGAUGAAAAUUCAACCAAUCGAUUCUCAGGUCCCUUCCGAAGGGCCUCGGCUUGAGCUGGCCAAGCCGGUUGUGAAGUCGCGCCUGAAGCGGCUCCUUGAGCGUCAAUUCUCCGGCGUUCUGAGAAAUUCAGCGCCGGAAAAGAUCUCCGGUGGCGAGGAACCGCACAACGGCUCCAGUGAUUUCGAGCCGAGUUCGGCUUGUUUGGCGAAAAUGGUGCAGAAUUUCAUAGAGGAGAGUCACGAGAAGCACUCCGUGUCGCACCGCAACCGCUGUAACUGCUUCAAUAGCAACUACGACGAUAGCUCUGACGAAGAAUCAAACUCGCUGGGCGGUUACGGGGACUCGAAUUACUCUUCCAGCGAGGCGUGCGAAACUCUCAAGGGUUUGGUAGCGUGCGCGAGCGUGCACGAGAGGGAUUUGCUGGCGGACACUGCAAAGAUAGCUGAGAAGAAUAAGAUCUGCAAACGCAAGGACACCUUCUGCAGAAAAAUUGUGACUGACGGAUUGUUAGCCCUUGGAUACGAUGUGUCAAUUUGCAAAUCUCGCUGGGAAAAAUCUCCCUCUUAUCCCGCGGGAGAAUAUGAAUACAUAGAUGUGACGAUGGGGAAAGAUAGGGUUGUAAUUGAUAUUGACUUUAGGUCAGAAUUCGAGAUUGCUCGAUCGACCAAGUCCUACAAGACUGUUCUGCAGAACCUUCCUUACAUAUUCGUUGGCACAUGCGAUCGGUUGCAGAGUAUCGUGAGCAUCGUGUCAGAGGCAGCAAAGCAGAGUAUGAAGAAGAAGGGAAUGCAUGUGCCGCCAUGGAGAAGAGUUGAAUAUGUGAAAGCCAAGUGGCUCUCCCCUUACACGCGAACCACUUCCUUCAAAGACGAGAAGAAGGAAGAACAACAGCUUUUGAAAGAAAAACCAGUCACGGCUGAAGAAGUAGAAACUUCCAGCGAAGAAAACGGCACUGUGAUCGAAUGGAAGCCCCCGGAGCUGAAGCCCAAAGGUUCGCUUUCUGGCGUGAAGAUCGUGACAGGUUUGGCUGGGGUUUUUGAUGAGGAUGAUAACCCAUAAAAUUUUGUUUUUCUUUUCGGCUUUUUUUUUUUUUUCUCUUUAAUUUGUCCAAGUGAGGAUUAAAAUCUUUAUGACUAUAACUGUAACUGUGGUUCUAUCCCCUUCUGUGUUUUUUCUUAAGUGAGGGAUGGAUUUUACUAAUAUCAAUGAAUAAAAUAAAGUUAGCAACUUUCUCUCA